AUGGCUCAUUCCAUCGAGGACUUCGCCAGUUUAGCGUUUGAUUACAUCGUCGUGGGUGGUGGUACUGCCGGUCUGGCUGUAGCGGCACGCCUCAGCGAAGAUCCCCAGAUCAAGGUGGGGGUCAUCGAGGCGGGACCGUCCGCCCUGAACAGCGAUGAUGGGGCGAUCACAGUGCCCGGUCGGUAUGGAGAAACCAUUGGAUCUGACUACGACUGGAAGUUUACGACGAGUCCCCAGCCAGGUUUAAACGGACGAUCUUUGCCAUGGCCGCGGGGGCGCGUUCUUGGUGGCACCAGCGCGUUGAAUUUCAUGGCGUGGAAUCGCGGCCAUCGCAAGGACUACGAUGCUUGGGAGAAGCUGGGGAACCCUGGGUGGGGAUGGGAAGAUCUACUCCCUUACUUUCUCCGGAGCGAGACAUUCCAUCCUCCCAGUGCGGCUCACCAGAAACACUAUCAGUCUUCUUACCGGGCUGAGUUUAAUGGGACAGAGGGUCCUGUGCAAACGACACAUAUCAAGCAGUAUGGCCCGCCGCAUCAGUACUGGCAUCAGACCCUCAAUGAACUGGGUAUCUCUUCCAAUCCUGACAGCCUCGCGGGCUCCAACUGCGGGGUUUGGAAUCUGGUCUGCACGAUAGAGCCUGAUACCCAGGAACGAAGCUAUGCUGCACCCGCUUACUAUUUACCAGUAGCAUCGCGGCCAAAUCUUUAUGUUAUCACUGAGACAACCGUUCUGAAAGUCUUGCUUGAACAGAAAGAUGGGUGGGUCGCGACUGGCGUCAGAGCGCGACACGACGGAGUCGUGCUCGACAUUAAAGCUGUACGCGAAGUUAUCAUAAGUGCUGGGAGCGUACAGUCACCUCAGAUAUUGGAACUCUCGGGAAUCGGUCGACAAGAUGUGCUCGAAGCUGCUGGCAUUGGAAUGAAGGUUGACAGCCCUAACGUGGGAGAGAACCUGCAAGACCAUAUGAUGACUGCGACCAUUUUUGAAGUUCUUCCCACUCUGUCGUCUCGCGACUGCAUCAUUGGCGACCCAAUUCUGACUGAGGCGGCCGACCGUGCUUACCAUGCCUCGAAGACAGGACCAUGGACAGUGAUGCCUUGUUCAGUGGCAUACUGCUCACUAUCACAGAUAAUACCGCCAUGGGAAUUAGCUGAGAUAUCAUGUGAGGCUGACAGAAUCACACAACAGACCGGCUGCGCACGCGAUAGACUCAUCGCCCAACAAUUCAAAUCUCCUCGUGGCCAGAUUGAGUACAUAUUUGACGUUGGAAAUUGGAGCCCGUAUUUUCUCUCCGAGCCGGGCAAAAGUUACGCCACUAUGCUCCAGAUGCUUCAGUAUCCAUUUUCUCGUGGAUCGGUCCACAUCCCUUCCCUUACUAGGGAUCAUCCCGAAGUAACAAUCGACGAUAAGCCUAUUAUUGAUCCACGAUAUUACCUAGACGAAGGUGAAUUCGACAAGAAAAUCAUGGCCUUAGGCCAGAGAAUGGCAGAUCGGAUCUGCUCCACGGAACCUCUGUCAAAAAUCAUCGUCAAUCGUGUCUUGCCCCCGGUUGCGGAGCUUGGGCGUGAAGAGCAAGCCUAUGAGGACUUCGUAUCGAAUUGCACAGUCACAGACUGGCAUCCAAUUGGUACCUGCGCCAUGGGCGGCAAAGAAGGUAUAAAUAAUGGGGUCGUCGAUGAGCGACUCCGCGUUUACGGCGUCCGCGGUCUCCGAGUCGUCGACGCAAGUAUCAUGCCAUUACAGAUCGGAGCACACAUCCAAGCAACAGUAUACGCCAUUGCAGAAAAAGGAUCAGCGAUGAUCCGGGAGGAUUGGGUUAAAUAA